UGUUGUGAGUCGGAACCAGCGCGGGAGUUGGUGUCUUCAUUUGGGGAUUAUUUUCUUUUCUUUAUUUUUUUGUACUGUAUUUAACCAUCUGACAAGUUGAUUUUUACGAUUUAGGGAAUAGUUUGUCGACAACAUGCAGCGCAGCAUCGCAUCCUUCUUUCAGCCCAAGUCCAAGGACAAGGAUGUUCAGAAGAAAGCCAGUGACAAGCAAGUGAAAAAGCCUGUGAAAAGCCCACUCAAGGCCCAAAAUGGAGUCCAGGAGGAGGACUCGCCCGUCAAGAAGGUUCCCAAACGUAGCCGGCGGAUUUUGGACAGCGAUGACGACGACCAGGAAGUGAAUGCCGCCAAACAACAAGUCAAAGAUGAUUUGUUCAAGGCGGUGCCCACCCUGAUGUCUCCUCCGCCGCGUCCCCCGGCCCCCGCCACGCCUGCCACUACCGCCUCGCCCGCCUCCUCCAGCUCUGUCUCGUCUUCUGAGGGCAUCAGCAAACGCAAGACAGAGUAUGACGCAGCGUCACGGGACCCGAGAGACCAAGGUGAAGUUAACAUCGCGCAAAUCACGAGGAAGAUGCUUCCCAAGAGGAAGCUGAAGGAGGGCCUCAGCGGCAGCGACAGUCAACAAGAGGACGAGGCCACCAACACGCAGACGGUGGCGGUGGCCAAGGGCCAACGGAGCAAGCGAGCCCGCGUGGACGACGUUGGCGAUGACAACAACACGGACGAGGUCGCAAUGCAAGAAAGAGACGAGGAGGCGGAAGCGACGGAGCAGGUGAGGAUGCCGGACAAAGACGGAGAGAAAGCGGAGGAGGCGGGAAAAAAGCUCGAAGAUGAUGAAGCGGAAGAAGAGGAGAAGAGGGACGCAAAGGAGCCAAAAGAGGAAGCCAAGAAAGCUCCAAUCAGCAGCUUCUUUGCUCCGAGAAAGGCUGCAGUGAAGACCAAGAAGAACGGUGACGGAGAGGAGAAGAAGACAACAACUUCCUCACCUGUGGAGGAGAGCAAAGAUGCAAAAACUGAGUCAGCGUCGACCGAGACGGACUACAACCCGUCCAGGCCCAACUACCACCCGCUGGAGCAAGCCUGCUGGGAGGCAGGACAAAAAGUGCCUUACCUGGCGGUGGCUCGCACCUUUGAGAAGAUUGAAGAGGACUCUGGCAGACUGAGGAACAUUGAAACUCUGGCCAACCUGUUCCGCUCCGUGCUGCUGCUUUCUCCAGACGACUUGCUGUGCUGUGUGUACUUGUGUUUAAACCAGCUGGGACCCGCCUAUCUUGGCCUGGAGCUUGGCAUCGGGGAGACGGUGCUGAUGAAAGCUGUUGCGCAAGCCACGGGACGACAGCUGGACAAGAUCAAGGCGGAGGCUCAAGAGCGCGGGGACCUCGGUCUGGUGGCCGAGAGCUCCCGAAGUAACCAGCGCACCAUGUUCAGGCCGGCCAGCCUGACGGUCGAUGGCGUCUUCAAGAAGCUCAAGGAGAUCGCGGGCAUGAGCGGCAACUCGGCCAUGAAUAAGAAGAUCGGCAUCAUCAAAGGACUCUUUGUGGCCUGCCGUUUCUCGGAGGCCCGCUACAUCGUGAGGUCGCUAGCGGGGAAGCUGAGGAUCGGACUGGCAGAGCAGAGCGUCCUGUCGGCGUUGAGUCAAGCUGUGUGCCUCACGACGCCCAAAAAGGGCACCUCCCCCGCCGUGAUAGAUGCCGGGAAAGUGAUGACCACCGAGAGCCGACGUGCUUGGAUUGAAGAGAAGAGCCUCAUUCUUAAGCAGACUUACUGCGAGAUGCCCAACUAUGACAUCCUCAUCCCCGUCCUUCUCAAAGAAGGCAUUGACCAGCUGCCCAAUCACUGCAAGCUCACCCCAGGCGUACCCCUGAGGCCCAUGCUGGCGCACCCCACUAAGGGUGUUGGGGAGGUGAUGAAACGCUUCGACGAGGCAGCAUUCACCUGCGAGUACAAAUACGACGGCGAGCGUGCGCAGAUUCACAUCCUGGAGAGCGGCGAGGUUCGGAUAUUCAGUCGCAACCAAGAGGACAACACCAGCAAGUACCCCGACAUCAUCUCUCGUAUCCCCAAGGUGAAGAAAGACUCUGUGGUCUCAUGCGUGCUGGACACGGAGGCGGUAGCAUGGGACCGCGAGAAGAAACAGAUUCAACCCUUCCAGGUCCUCACCACUCGUAAGAGGAAGGACGUGGAUGCAUCAGACAUCAAAGUCCAAGUAUGCGUGUACGCCUUUGAUCUCCUCUACCUCAAUGGAGAGUCUCUGGUGCGACAGCCGCUUUGUCGACGUCGGGCGCUACUGCGAGAGUCCUUCGCCGAAGUGGAGGGGGAGUUUUUAUUCGCCCGAUAUAUCGACUCAGACAACACGGACACCAUUGCAGAAUUCUUGGAGCAGUCUGUCCGAGACUCAUGCGAAGGCCUAAUGGUGAAGACUCUGGAGAAGGAUGCCACCUAUGAAAUCGCCAAGCGCUCCCAUAACUGGCUCAAGUUAAAGAAGGAUUACCUGGAGGGGGUUGGUGACACGGUGGACCUGUGCGUUAUCGGCGCCUACCUGGGUAAAGGCAAGAGGACGGGGACGUACGGCGGCUUCCUGCUGGCCUGCUACGACGAAGACAAUGAAGAGUUCCAGUCGGUCUGCAAGAUUGGGACUGGCUUCAAGGAUGAAGAUCUGGAGCAGCACCACAAAUUCUUGAAGGAACACAUCCUGCCCAAUCCCCGCCCCUACUACCACGUGGACCAAUCGGCCGAGCCCGACGUGUGGCUGGAUGCCGUGCAGGUUUGGGAGGUGAAGUGUGCCGACCUGUCACUGUCGCCCGUGUACAAGGCCGCUAUGGGAAUGGUGGAUCCAGAGAAGGGAAUCUCCCUGCGUUUUCCUCGCUUCCUUCGCAUCCGAGAUGACAAGAAGCCCGAAGACGCCACCAGCGGAGCUCAGAUUGCCGACCUGUACAAGAAGCAGCAGCAGAUCCAGAAUCAGGGAGACAAAGCCGACAUGGAGGACUACUAUUGACCUGAAUAUAGUAUCAAUAAUAGAUAUUGAUAUCAGUCUGAAUGUAAAUACAUGUAUUUUUUUCAACUUGAAUGGAAAUAAAGGCAUCUUUUCCACA